UUACUCGUAUUGUUCCUUCCUAGGUUCGAUAACAUAAUAAAAACAUAAACAGUUUUGUAAUUUGCAUUUUUAUGUGUUUCAAUGGUAGAUAUUGAGCAGAUAUGGUUGGAAUUGUCGAGAAACUUACCGGUACUAUCUGGAACCAUAGCAAUGACUGAGACUGACGAUGACUUCUGCAAGGCUUGGGAAGAAGUUAAUAAGCUUGGCUUGGAGGUGAUCCUCUGUGAAAUAUUACGCUCAGAGCUUCAGUCUGCAAUUCGAGAUAAAAUAGUACCUGCGUUUUGGUCACAUUUUCCAGUUCGAGUAGAAAUGAAUGAAUACGACGUUGAUUCGCAAUUUCAUUUGUUUCACCAGUUCGCCGCGGCAGUUGAAAAUUUACAAAAAAGCUUCAUAUGUUUGGAGUUGGUCUCGCGACGCGUGAUAAACUUGUAUCCUCAGACAAAUCUUAAGACGUGGGAUUUUAAAACAGUGUUACUACAAACAUUAUUGGCACAAAUUCCAACUGGAUUCAAUGAAGCCGUAUUUGCAUUUUACCAAGUCUCAUUCCAAAUUUAUAUCCAACAGCAUAAUAAGCAAAAAACUGGGCCCUCUGAAGCUGAUAUAGUGCUAACAAAACAAGAAUGCUGCGGUUGUAAAAAUAAAGUAAGUUUGUGUGAAUGCCAAACUUUAGACGAAACAAUCGACAAAACAAACAAAGCAUUACAAGAAAUAGAACUUUUGGAUGGCAUCGCAGGACAAAGCCUGACAUCCCUGGUUCAGAAAUGCAUAGAAGAGCAUAUUAAGGACACGUGCCAUGGAAUAUUUGAUAGGAGCUUUCUAAGACAACUUGAGAUGUGGCUCGAUGACACUGUGAUCAAUUGGUUGAAGAAGAUUUUCAGUCACACACACGCUGACUCGCACACAAAUACCAUUAAUUUUAUCAAGGGCUUCAAAGUUAAGCUGACUUAUUUCUUAUACGAAAAUGUAGCACUCAGCAUCAUCGAACAGUUUUUUAGUAUAAUUAUCGAUUUUCCUGAGUCUAUUCCUGCCAUAGAUGAUUUGAAAAUUUGUAUGGAAAAGAUAGAUAUGAAAAAGCAUUUCAUCCAAACGCUUACUAACACGCUAAAAGUACGAGUACUUCAUCCUGGUGUAAAUACUAUGGAUAUUUUAACAGGAUAUAUUGCAGCUAUCAAAGCAAUAAGAUAUCUCGAUAACAGUGGAAUUAUAUUGGAAACUGUGACGGCGCCAAUCAGAGACUAUCUUCGAAAACGCAGUGAUACAGUUCGUCGAGUAGUUACGGGACUUACUGAAGAAGGCCCUACAGACCUUACGGAGGAAUUAGCUAAAAGUGAAGCUUUAAAAGAAAAUGAAAAGCUUGAUGUCAAUGAGGAAUUGAGCAAUUGGGAAAAUUGGUUGCCAGACUCGUAUGGAAUUGAUCAGACAACGCGUAUUAAACUUACGAAUGUCAACCGUUCAGCAGAUAUAAUAUCUAUGGUAGUUGAUAUAUAUGGUAGCAAGGAGUUGUUCAUGAACGAGUAUCGCAAUUUAAUGGCAGAUCGUUUACUUACUUAUUUGGAUUUUAACGCCGACAAGGAAAUCCGAAAUUUAGAAUUGCUCAAACUCAGAUUCGGAGAUUCUUUACUUCAUAGUUGUGAAGUUAUGCUGAAAGAUCUCACCGACUCAAAGCGCAUAAAUUCGCAUAUAUCAAGCGAUUCUAAGUAUAACGAAAAUAAAAUGUUUGAUAUAUCAACUUUUAUAAUAUCAGCACAAUUUUGGCCGUCAUUCAAUAAAGAAAGUUUGGAGCUACCUGAAGAAAUUGCCAAUGAAUUUGAAAAGUAUACAAAAGCCUAUGAAGCAUACAAAGGAAAUAGAACGUUAAAUUGGCGAACAGUAACAGGACGAGUUAAUAUUGUUAUUGAAAUAGGUGAACGAACAAUUGAAAUGGUUGUGGCCCCCACUCAAGCAAUCAUAUUGUAUCACUUCCAACACAAAGAUGAAUGGACGUUGGAGGAUCUAAGUCAGAUUACGAAAGUUCCAUCUACAAUAUUGCGGCGGAGAAUUGGGUUUUGGAUAUCACAUGGGAUAGUAGACGAAAUACGACCGGGAAUAUUCAGACUUUUAGAAGACGACGGGAAAAAAUCGCAAUUCGACCCUAAACAACUAAGCCAUGUUCUGGUUGGUGACGAAGAUGUUGAAUCAGCUAUGGCCUCCGCAAGUGAUCAGCGAGAAGAAGAACUUCAGGUAUUUUGGUCAUACAUUGUAGGAAUGCUGACAAAUUUGGACUCAUUGCCGCUUGAUCGUAUCCAUCAGAUGCUUAAAUUGUUUGCAUCACAUGGGGUUGGGAUAGAAUUUACCCAGGAUGAACUAAAAAAUUUCCUUCAACGAAAAGUGCGCGAGCAUAAAUUAAUAUAUUCUGGAGGUGUUUAUCAGUUAUACAAAUAAAAACUUGGAAAUUCUCAUACAAAAAUCAA